CAUCCCUGUGCGCUUCCCACAGAGCGGCAGGAUGGCGGAGAAGGGCAUGGAUCCCGCCUGCGUCUCCAUCGCCCUGGAGGACACGGUGUGCCACGCCAGCCCCCCGGACGCCCCGCUCCUCACCACCCACUUGAAGAAGGUGGAGAACCACAUCACGGAGGCCCAGAGGUUCUCCCACCUCCCGAAGCGCUCGGCCGUCAACAUCGAGUUCAUCGACCUGUCCUACUCCGUGCGGGAAGGAUCCUGGUGGAGGAAGAGAGGGUACAAGACUCUCCUAAAAUGCCUGUCGGGGAAGUUCUGCCAGCGGGAGCUCAUCGGGAUCAUGGGCCCCUCGGGCGCCGGGAAGUCCACCCUCAUGAACAUCCUGGCUGGCUACAGGGAGACUGGCAUGAAGGGGCAGAUCCUGGUGAACGGGCGGCCGCGGGACCUGCGCACGUUCCGCAAGAUGUCCUGUUACAUCAUGCAGGACGACAUGCUGCUGCCACACCUCACCGUGCUCGAGGCCAUGAUGGUCUCUGCUAACCUGAAGCUGAGUGAGAAGCAGGAGGUGAAGAAGGAGCUGGUGAAUGAGAUCCUGACAGCCCUGGGGCUGCUGGAGUGCUCGUACACCCGCACCAUCUCCCUGUCGGGGGGGCAGCGCAAGCGCCUGGCCAUCGCCCUGGAGCUGGUCAACAACCCCCCCGUCAUGUUCUUCGAUGAGCCCACGAGUGGCCUGGACAGUGCCUCCUGCUUCCAGGUGGUGUCCCUGAUGCGCUCCCUGGCUCAGGGUGGGCGCACCAUCAUCUGCACCAUCCACCAGCCCAGCGCCAAGCUCUUUGAGAUGUUCGACAAGCUGUACAUCCUGAGCCAGGGCCAGUGCAUCUUCAAAGGCGUCGUGACCAACCUCAUCCCCUACCUGAAGGGUCUCGGCCUCCACUGCCCCACAUACCACAACCCCGCCGACUUCAUUAUCGAGGUGGCCUCAGGAGAGUACGGGGACCUCAACCCCGUCCUGUUCCGCGCCGUCCAGAAUGGCAUGUGCACCAUGGCUGAGAAGAAGAGCAGCCCUGACAAGGCAGAUUCAUCGUGCCCAGCACACUGUGGGACGGACGUGGAUCACAUCGAGAGCCACACGUUUGCCACCAGCACUUCAACCCAGUUCUGCAUCCUCUUCAAGAGAACCUUCAUCUGCAUCCUGAGGGACACGUGCGAAAUACCCAUCCUGAGGUUCAUGUCCCACAUCUGCAUCGGGGUCCUCAUCGGGCUGCUCUACCUGCACAUCGGCAACGACGCGGGCAAGGUCUUCAACAACACCGGCUUCCUCUUCUUCUCCAUGCUCUUCCUCAUGUUUGCUGCCCUGAUGCCCACCAUCCUCACCUUCCCCCAGGAGAUGACUGUAUUCCUGAGAGAGCACUUGAACUACUGGUACAGCCUGAAAGCCUAUUACCUGGCAAAGACCAUGGCAGAUGUGCCCUUCCAGGUGAUCUGCCCCAUUGCCUACUGCAGCAUCGUGUAUUGGAUGACGGGCCAGCCCCCCGAGGCCACACGCUUCCUGCUCUUCUCCGCCCUGGCCACCGCCACGGCCCUGGUGGCCCAGUCCCUCGGGCUUCUCAUCGGAGCUGCUUCCACCUCCCUGCAGGUGGCCACCUUUGUGGGACCCGUCACUGCCAUCCCCGUCCUGCUCUUCUCGGGCUUCUUUGUCAGCUUCAAGACCAUCCCCACCUACCUGCAGUGGAGCUCCUAUGUCUCCUACGUCAGGUACGGCUUCGAGGGCGUCAUCCUCACCAUCUACGCCAUGGAGCGCGAGGACCUGGAGUGCCUCGAGGACUUCUGCCCUUUCCAAAAGCCCAUCAAGAUCCUGCAGGAGCUGGACGUGGAGGAGGCCAAGCUCUACCUGGACUUCCUCAUCCUGGGCAUCUUCUUCGUCAUCCUGCGGCUCCUGGCUUACCUGGUCCUCAGGUACAAGGUCAAGUCAGAGAGAUAAAGGGCCCCCACGGCCACUCCCGGGCCUGGCCUGCUGUGAGGGACCCUCUGUGGAUGGACACGGUGCUCCUGGCAGGCCACAGACCGUGGCAGAGGCACCGCUGGGUGCCAGCCAGGCCUGGCUCAGUCGAGAAGGGUUUUGAGACAUCUCGGAACUGUUUUAACCUUUCCACACACACUCUUCAUUGCAAAACGUUUUGUACAGCCCUGGCAUGUGCCACCCUCUCUCUCCCGGGAACCGCUGGACCCCACGGAGGAGGUUGGGUGCCCUCUUGUCACCCCUGGGACAGCAGGGACGCUCCCGAGGAGGUGGCUGUGUGCCCAGCAAGGCUGAGGGGAGCCCACUGCUCCAGGCAGGGGGGAGCAGCACCCAGGGGCUGGAGCUGGGAGGAGAGAGCAGCACAGCCCAGGCUGGGAGUGCAGCACAUGGCCCCGUUCCUCGUCCUGGCUGGCACCACGUGAGUCAGUGCUGAGAAGAGCCCAAAGAUGCAAUAGGCCAAGUUGCACAAGGCUUUAGUGUUUCCUGUUGCUGCAUCUCCUUCUUCUUUCAGCACAAAU